CCAUCUGCCAUAUCAGUACACAGAGACAUCCAAUUGGAUUACCAAAAAGUAUCAAAAACAUACGAUUUUAUAAUUAAAAUAAAUAGUUUAAUUACAAUUUCUUUAUAAAUAUGGCAAAUAUUAAAAUUGUGAUCUUUGUAGCAAUCUUUUGCGUAGUUUGUGGUAAACCAUUAGAAUACUCCGAAAAUGAUGAUCCAACAACGAAUCAUGAAAAAUCUCAUACAAUUCAGAGACGUUUUGUAAAUACCGCUCUAACAUCAGGCGGUUUUGACAACGAUGAAUUCAACCGUAUGAGAGUUAAAAGAAGUGAAGAAUAUGACGACUGUGAAAAACUUCAGCUGUGUAAGCUUCACGCACAUUCGAGGCAUAGCUUCUUGGCAGCUUUCGAGUUAUACUUUGUAAACAAAGAAAACGCCAGGCUAUGGGACCACCACGCGCGCUCAAGCAAAGACUGUGAACGACGGUUCAGCUGUUAUAAAAAGUGAAAAUACAUUGUGACACAGUACGAGCACGGAAUUUAAUUAUAAGGCAAAAUAGUUUAAAAUAAUUCAUAAGUUAACAAAAAUGUGAUAUUUGUUAGUAAUUCACUUCUUACAGGGACUUAGAUUUUAUAAGGAAAACUUCGACAUAACGUGUUAGUUUAUUAAAACGCAUUUAUUUUUAAAACAAUCCGUUUUAUUUCACUUUACCACUUAUGGAUCAUAAAAUUGAAAUAUAAAUGCAUAAAUCAUAUUUUUAAACGAAAUAACCUUUAAAUAAUAAAUAACAUCUAUCAUACAUACUCCAUGUACUUUUCAAGAUAUCUGAAUAAAUUAGGAUAAUGUAACAAACCAUUAUUACAUUUUGUUCUAAAACAUUUCACCACACCAAAAUACUAAACUAAAAAUAUUAUUCUCAGUAAUCAAAACAAAGUAAAAUAAAUACAUUUUCUAAAAAAAUAUAUUUUGUCCAUUUCGAAUACUGAGAUGGUAUCUCAUAGUGAGAAUAGGGAUGAGGAUUAAGUAAAAAAGAAAGAAAUUCUAUUUAGUGCAUCAGUCAGAUAAUAGAAAAAUAUGAGAUACGUAUUUUUUUACAUCAUUUAACAAGAUAUAGCUUAGAUAACAGACAUUAAAGUUGAGGAGUGGGGGCUCACUACGAUACAGUUUUGUAGAAAAUGUACAAAAGCGUGACGUCAUGUGACAUUUUAACUCAAUGUAUCGCCGUGAUUUAUAAUGAUUACGGAAAAAAUAAAAAUAGGUGUUUAAUAUUUUUCAACAAUCUACCUGACGGGCAAACAAAAAUUAGUCGACAUCCCUAUUGUAAAUUCUACAAGUACGACAAAUUAACACAAAAGCUGUGGAUUGUCUAAUUUCAAAAUCUAUCUCAAUCGCUUUCUAAGGUAAAGCUAUCUCAAUGAUAACGACUUUGAACCUUAGAUAAUUCCCUGUUAUGUAAAGUUUAAAGUCGUAAACGCUUUUGGACCGAAUGAUAAUUUAAAAAUUUUGAAUAUUAAAUUUAUUUUUAGAUUUUUUAACUUAUUGUUGAAUGGUAUUUUUUUUUUGUUAAAUUUCAUGUAUAUCUAUAAAAUAAAAAUAUUUAAAAAAAAUGUCUACACCCCUAUUUGCUCCCGAUAUCAUGGUAACUCAUUCGAGUUGUAAGUUUAAAUUUGACUUUUUUAUUUAAUAUUCGCCAAAAUCGUAAUAAUAACGUUUGAGAUAGUAAUUUCUUUAAAUAAUUCGUAAGCAGUCACAACUAUAAUUUCUACCUAUCCUAAUCAUCAUAAACUAAAGGUACCUUUUGUAUACAAUCAAUUUAAUUUUACCAAUAUUGAUAAUAUUUUUUGGAAUGUGAACCCUGUUUACAACUUCAUAAGGAUUAUGAUGAUUAGUGCAUAAUUUAUAAUAGUUUUUCCAACGAUCUCACAAAAUUCACACGUAUGAACUAUUUUAUUUUAAAUAGGCUAUACCACUUUUUAAAAUAAAAUAGUACAUACGUAACGCCAGGUUUAUGUUAGCAUUAAUUAAAACACAAAUGGUUCUUUAGCUAAUGGCGUCAUAAGUAAGUAUAUUUCUAUUCUUGAAUAAAUUGAUAUUUUAAAUACUAAAUUGCAGCAAUUAACUGCGAAUCCAAUAGUAUAAUAUCAACAAAAAAACACACGUAAAUUAUUGAUGAUUUUUAAGAUGAUAAUCUAUCAAUAUGCCAUCAUAUAACCCAGAGCUAACAGCGGAUCAGUCUAUUGUUGUUUUUUCUUAGAAGUACGUUUACCCGCCGCGUUAACAGCGCUGACUAUGUGAUCUAUACUAGCCGCGUCCAACACGUCGGGGCGGGCGACCCCCCUCGUACCCCCUCUACCCCCCGUACUCGCUCCACCCCCUACGCCCACGCUCAGUGACAUCACACGUGCUAGUAACGCAUCCCGAUGCAUAUACGCCAACGCUAAGAGACCUAACAAGGGAACAACUAAGAAAGAGGUCUGCCGGAGCUCCUGAUCUGAUGAUUUUACCUGUUAAAGAAAAAUAUUGUUAACUUCGUUUAUUCGCUAUUAUCGGCAAACGAUCAGAGUAAAUAGGUUGAUUUUUGUUAGGUGUUAUUCUUGUUCAUAGAAAGAAUAUUAUGGAUGUCUUAUCCAUAAUAUUCUUUUCAUGAUAUCCGGAUUCAACCGAAUAUUAUAUAUAUUGGUAGUAAUAACACUACUUGUUUCAAAAUUGAAAAAGAUGUCAAAACUAUUCACAUGUAUUAAAUAGUUAAUGAUUGCUACGAUCCACUUAACUAUUGCUAUAAAUUUCAUUAUUUGGUAAUAAAACUUAUAGUGGAGCUUUUUCUUUUUAAAAUAAUCAUUCAACUUCGAAGGAAUGUCCAUAUUAAUGUAUACGUUAAUUUAUCUGAAAUAUUAAAAUAAAGCAGGACUAAGGCGUUUACAUCCUCAGUUAGUCUUGUUCUAAAUUACGCAUGUUGUAUUAUACCUCUCAUUUGGUGCAGUAGUAAACCAAGUAAAACAUUAUUGCGUUUUAUCAAAUAUCACAUUAUCAAGGUCAGUUGCACAAGUCCAUUAGGUUUUAAUGACCCCUUUAAGCUCAAUGUUUGUCAAAUUUGUAUUAAUAAUGUCGCUUUAAACUAAAGUCAAUUUUAAUGUUAGUUUGUGCAGACGGCUAUAAAAGUUGCAAACGGAAUCUAAUAUUAAAUAAAUAUCAAUACCAACCUUCGGCUUAAACUCUAUAUCGAAAGUCUUGUAAUUGCCAUCGGAUUCGAAGUAUAUGAUCGUAUCUUCAUAAGUGUGCGUUGCUUUCGAUAAAGUCGACUCUAAUUGGAGUACAUAAGUGGCAUUAUCGGCCGGCAGUCUCGGUAACACAAGCAUAACGCCCGGGUUGUCUUGACCGUUGGGUGGAUCUAAUUUUGCCGCGUAUAUAUGAGAGUGUGGCGCUUUUUCUGUUGCUAGAGUAAGACGCAACAUUUUAUAGUGCGCAGGCGCAGCGUGUAUUAGAACACUACCAUCUGUCAGCUGACGGGGCUGGACCGCUAUUAGAAUUACGUUUUCGAUGUCUUUAU